UGUCUGUCGAGCGCCAGAACAUCAUUCCUCACAGCCCGAGCAUCAGAGCGGAAUGCACGCUCAUUCCAGUCAUGUAGAGCCCUUAUCUGGGAAUGAAGAGAUGUGCUGGAGCCCUUGGCACCCAUAUGCCCCAUUUGCAUUUUAACGUUUGCCAUUAGAAGCAUACUCAUACUUCAGUUGCUUUCUAAGAGCAGGUGAAGGUGGAUGAAUCAUCCACACACACACACACACACACACACAAACCUCUUUCUCCAGUAGUUCACUAGAAAACUAUGGUCAUGGCCGCUCAGGACCAAAAGCCGUUGCAACGGGCUCCGGUACGCGUAGGAUUUUACGAUAUUGAGCGCACACUGGGAAAAGGCAAUUUUGCAGUUGUGAAGCUGGCGAGACAUCGAAUCACAAAAUCUGAGGUGGCCAUUAAGAUCAUAGACAAAACCCAGCUAGAUGCGGUGAACCUGGAGAAGAUCUACAGAGAAGUGGAAAUCAUGAAACUGCUGGACCAUCCUCACAUCAUCAAGCUUUACCAGGUUAUGGAGACCAAAAACAUGCUCUAUCUAGUCACAGAAUACGCCAGAAAUGGAGAGAUAUUUGACUACCUGGCCAGCCGCGGGCGGCUCAGUGAGGUGGAUGCGAGGAAGAAGUUCUGGCAGAUCCUCUCAGCGGUGGAGUACUGCCACCAGAGAAAUAUCGUACACCGAGACCUGAAGGCUGAGAACCUGCUCCUGGACACUCAUAUGAACAUGAAGAUAGCAGAUUUUGGCUUUGGGAACUUUUUCCGUCCAGGGGAACCCCUGACAACUUGGUGCGGCAGCCCCCCUUAUGCAGCUCCAGAGGUGUUUGAGGGGCAACAGUAUGAGGGUCCACAAUUGGACAUCUGGAGUAUGGGGGUGGUUUUGUACGUGUUAGUGUGCGGCGCUCUUCCAUUUGAUGGCCCUAGCCUUCCUGUCCUCAGACAGAGGGUCCUUGAGGGUCGUUUCCGCAUCCCAUACUUCAUGAGCGAGGACUGCGAGCACCUGAUCAGGAAGAUGUUGGUUCUAGAUCCAGCCAGGCGUUUGUCUCUGAGUCAGAUUAAAGAGCAUCGCUGGAUGGUGCAGGAGGUCCCGUCCCAGCGGCCUGUGCUCUACAGACAGGGUUUGCCCUGUGAAAGUAAAUCAGGUUUGGGGGAGCACAGUGAGCAGGUGCUUCGCCUCAUGCACAGCCUGGGAAUUGACCAGCAGAAGACCAUUGAGUCUCUCCAGAACAAAAGCUAUAACCACUUUGCUGCUAUCUACUACCUGCUGGUGGAGCGGUUGAAGGCGCAUCGCAGCAGUUUCCCUGUGGAACAGCGUUUGCACGCCAGCCAGCGCCGCCCCAGCACCGUCGCCGAGCAGACUGUUGUCAAGACAAUUGCGGUUCCCUCUCAAGCGGGCGUCCCCCCUCAGGCAGCGCGUCAACUGCGUUCACCUGUUUUGCUGCAGUCCACCGCAGAAACCUUUACCUUCCCACAAAGCCCUGCUUCCCCAGAUCAGACGCUCAUGGAGGAAGACGUGGCUACUCCUAAGGUGGACGGCUGCUUGCUGGAUCCGCUUCCUCCAGUCGUGGUCCGCAAAGUCAGCGGCUCGCUGCCUAGCAACGUUAUGGAGACAUCCAUUGAUGAGGGCAUUGAAGCGGAGGAAGAGCACACUGUUCCCCUCGCCGCCUUUCAUACAGCUCGAUUCAGCCAGCGCCGCCACACGCUGUCUGAGGUCACCAACCAACCUGCUGCGCAGCCCCUUACAGAUCUGAACCCGUCCCUCAGCAGCAUGGACUCGCAGUACAGUAUGGGUUCAACUCAGAGCGACUGCAGCUUUCCUGAAGAGAGUCCAGCAUUAAACUCUACACCUGCCGGCUCCACAGCUCCAGUCUUCCUCAGCAUGAAGCCGCCUGAAGCCUGCCUGCAGACGCUCAAUCCACAGGGACACAAUCACUCAUUAGUCAGCUUCCGAGAGGGGCGAAGGGCUUCAGACACCUCUCUCACACAAGGGUUGGUGGCAUUCAGACAUCACAUCCAGAACCUGGCCAGGACCAAGGGCUUCCUGGAGCUCAAUAAAGCACAGAUCGUGUUAGGAGAUGGUGGAGCAUGCGGAAACACUAUGAUCAGCCCUCGGGAGCUCCUAGAGCCUCACCAUCCGCUCAACCACCAGGGAGAAGGACGGCCAUGUCUUGGUGGAAAAGAUCCAUCGACAUUCACUGGAAAAAUGCACCCUUAUUUGCUGUCUAGGAGACAGAGUCUGGAGACACAGUACCUCACUCAACGCCUACAGAGAGCCAGUCAGUUGGCAAGCGGCCUUGGAAGUGGCCAGAUGUUUUGUAAAGAGGCUGCACCGCGCACUUUAGAGCAACAACUCCAGGAACACAGACUCCAACAGAAGAGGCUCUACCUCCAGAAGCAGUCUCAGGUUCAGGCUUACUUCCACCAGAUGCAGCUGGCUGAGGACGCUUACCCUGCCCAGGACCCUCAGAUCAGCAGCAGCCCCCAACCCAGCCCUCCCUUUACAAGGACCCAAACCCUAACCCCUUUUUUGGAGCCUGGCAUCUCAUCCCUGUCAUACAGUCCCAAGUCUGCCCGCUUCCCAGAGUGGCCUCCGCCACCCGAAAACCUCAGCAACUACACCCCAUCCCUUCCUACAGAGCCCCAGUACGCAUGGAGUCCUGCCCAGCCUCCUCUGCCCCCAGGUAAAGCUGAGACCCCUUCAGUUCAACCCGCACCUGAAGCCCCUUUCCUGGACUGCGAGAUGAUGGAGACCGUAGAGGCUCCACAAGGCUGUGUCCUCGUGAACUAAACAUGAAAUACAGCACUCUGAGGCUGGUUCUCAGGCUGAAGAUGUGGCGAAAUAAGCGCCCUCAGGGACGAACAAGACGCGGUGGUUUACACCACAUUUUACAAACCUACAGACGUGCACUUGAUCCUGUGGUAGACCAUUACAGACCUUGGUGUUCAGAGAUGUUUGUGAGAUGCGCUAGUGUUUUCUUUUUUUCUCCAGUAAGCACAGUUGAAAUGUAGUGCAGCUACCAUAGAGUUUAAAAAUCAGUAUUAAAGCAAUAUUCCUUUUCCUAUA